AUGAAGCCGCCGCUGCGGCCCCGCUUGGCCCCGGCGCGGUACGUGACGGGCCCGGGGGCCGCGGCGGAGCCGGAGCGGCCGCGGGCGGCCUGGUCGGCGCGGGAGAAGCGGGCGCUGCUCGCGGCGCUACGGGCUCAGGCCGCCCUCGGCCUCUCCGACCUGCAGCCGCGGCCGCUGCGGGAGCGCCUGCCCCGGCGGAGCGAGGCCGAGAUCCUGUCGUUCCUGUGCCGGCUGCGGGGCCGGGCGGCGCGGGAGGCCGUGCGCACCCAGUACCGGCACUGCCUGGAGCAGCAGCGCCGCCACCGCGCCCAGAUCCCGGCCCCCAUCGAGGUGUGGCUGGAGCUGGCCGAGACGCUGGCGGAGGGGCUGGAGGAGGCGACAGCAGCUGCCUUUUCCCAGAUCCUUACCGUUGCGGGCACGGAGCCACUGAGCCUUCUCCACUCCCUCCCCCCGCAUCCCACUGGCACUGUGGCUCCGCCGGAUCAGGGAGGGUCAGCACCGGGGGACCCCCCGGCCCCACAGCCCCCCGCCCCCGGGGGCUUCGCUGUCGACUUCCAGAGGGUCUACGAGUACCUGGCGCUGCUCUGCCGGGGCGGGAAGGGCCCCAUGCUCCCCCCCGGCGAGUCGGCGGUGGUGCUGGCGCUGCUGGGCUCCCUCCCCCAGGAGCUGGGCGCCCUCGACCGCACCGCCCUCCACAGCCACCUCCGGGGGUCCUACAGCGCCCUGACGCUCCUGGCACGGGCGGAACCCUCGGGGUGA